AUGUCGGAGAAUGAUAAUUUAAAACAAAGCAAUGAUGAACUUGAACCAGAACAAAAACGUAAAGUUUUUAUUGGAAGUUUAUCUUAUAGAAUAGAUGAAGGUGCAUUUCGUGAAUACUGGACACAAUAUGGUACAGUUUUAGAUGCUACAAUUUUACGUGAUAGAGAAGGUCAUUCACGUGGUUUUGGUUUUGUUACAUUUGAGAAUUCAUCAAGUGUCGAUGCACUUAUGCAAGCAAGACCACAUACACUUGAUAAUCGUAUUGUCGAACCAAAACGAGCAGUACCACGUGAAGAAUCACAUAAGGCAGAUAUGCAAUCAACAGUAAAAAAAAUUUAUUUAGGUGGUGUUAAAGAACCAUUAACAGAAGAUGAUCUUAAAGAUUAUUUUUCAAAAUAUGGAACAAUUACAGAUACUGUUAUUACAAAAGAUCGCGAAGGUCAAUAUCGUGGCUUUGCCUUCAUUGAAUUUAAUGAUUAUGAUUCGGUGGACAGAAUCGUCUUAGAAAAAAAUCAUACUAUAUGUGGUCAACAAUUGGAUGUUCAAAAAGCUCAAUCAAAAGAUAGAUCACAACGUUCAGGUGGUAAUAUGCGUGGUCGAUCACGUCCACCAUAUAUGUCUAAAUCGAACUAUGAUGGUGGUUAUAAUAAUUAUCAACAAAACUCCUAUAAUGAUUCAUACGAUCAAAUGCCUAAUAAUAAUUAUGAUGGAUAUAACUCUAAUUUCAGUGGAGGCUAUGAUAAUGGUAGUUCAUUUGGUCAAGGAUAUGAUCAACGAAAUGUUGGUGGACCUAUGCGACGUGGACAUAUGGCUGGAGGUAGAGGUCAUGGUUAUGCACCUUAUGAUAGUCGUGGUCGAGGUGGUGCACGUGGUGUCAGUGACGAUGGCGGUCAAGGUCCAUCAUGGGCAUCAUGGAAUUAA